CGUGAGCGGUUGUUGAUUUGAUUGAUGUCGAUAUUUUAGUGUGUUGUGUUGUGCGGAGGGUGGAUGUUUGUUAUUUCCUCGCAUAUCGGGGAAUACGGUUUUGUCGUUAUUAUGUAAAAUUCCCUUUCUAAACUUGUACGCUACGAUCUGAAACUGACAAAAACUUUAGCAAAAUGUCGACAGUUCUGCUAGCAGUUAUUGCGGUCAUAUUGUGUGUACUUUUCAGAAUAUUGAACGUUAACAGUCAGCCUCAAAAACCUGUGAUCUUUGGGAGGGAUAGAAAUUUUAUUGAGAACAUAUUAUUUAUAUCACCGUUUCUAAAUGAACCAUACGUACCGACUCGACUGUGGGGCUUCAGCGGGCAUGUCCAGACUAUUCUGCAUAGUCUAAUCGGGCGAGUCCGUUGCCCCUGGCCUAUAGGCGGCCGAGUGUCGCUGGUGCUGCCCGAUAAGUCGACCCUCACCUACGACCUCUAUGAACCCGUUGGGAAUGAACAUGAAGAUGACGUGACGGUGGCGAUCUGUCCCGGCAUCGGCAACACCUCAGAGAGUGUGUACAUUCGAACCUACGUGCACUACUCUCAAUGUCACGGCUACAGGUGCGCUGUGCUCAACCACAUCGGAGCACUCAACAGCGUCCCAGUGACUGGCAAUCGGAUCUUUUCCUACGGCCACACCGAUGACUACAACUACAUGGUGGAGAACCUUUUGGAGCGGUACCCCAACACGAAACUAAUUCUAGUCGGAUUUAGUCUUGGCGGCAACCUUAUCUCUAAGUACCUGGGAGAGGAUAGAAAGAGGCCUACCAAUAUAAUUGGCGGGAUUUCAAUAUGCCAGGGAUACAAUGCUAUAGACACAAUGGUGUACCUCCUGCAAUGGCAGAAUUUCCGCCGGUUCUACCUGUACAUAAUGACAGACAACUACCGCAACAUCAUCACCAGACACAAGAGGAUGCUGCUCAGCCCAGAAAUGAAGAACAGAUACAAUUUGGAUGAGAAGAUGAUUGUGUCGGCCGGAACGUUGCCGGAUCUUGAUGAGGCUUAUUCCAGGAGAAUGUAUGGCUUUGAAUCAGUGGCAGAUCUUUACAAGUGGAGUUCGUCAGCAUUCUACCUCAAGAAUAUAAAAACCCCGAUGAUUUUCAUCAACGCACGCGACGACCCCAUUGUUCCCGAACCUCUUUUGCCCAUCGUCAGGGAAUUUGUCAGCUCGCACGAUAAGGCGAUGUAUCUAGAACUCGCUCACGGCGGCCACUUGGGUUUCUACGAAGGAGGUCUGGUGUACGCUAACCCGGUGAACUGGCUGGACCGCGCGCUGGUGGGGCUGGCCGGCGGACUGCUCAUGGCGCACAACAAAUGCUCACACAAAGAUGUCGCCGUCUCCGCCGAAUGCGUACCCUCGGACGACGAACCUGAUCUCAUCAAAUCGGCUACCAUCGUAUACCGCGACCCUUUAGAGAAAACAGCCCAAGCAGCAUACUAGACAUUAGUUCUUUAACUCGUGGCUCGUAGAGCACUUUGGUAUACUUAUGUGUCUAAUAUUUAUUAGAAGAAAAAAAACUAAUAUAAAAUUACUGCAGUCCAUUUCAUCGGCAGUACAUUUUUUAUAAAGUACUUAAAUUGAGUUAUAAGUACAUAUUUUGGAGGUAACGAUUCUCCGCCACGUUUUUAUACGUCCUAAUAAAUAGUUGCUAUAUUGAUUAUUAUAGAAGGCUAACCCGUAUUUACCAAAGCCUAGUAUGGGAACGUGUUAGUUCCCGUUAUGCCUUAAGUAAGAUAUUAGGCAGGACCUAAUAGGGAAUUUAUUAUAAACAGCACAUAGCUUUUUAUAAAUAUUUAUUGUGAACUCGUUGAUUAGUGUUCCCCAGGCUCUAUGUCAAAUUGUAUGUGAGUUAAUGUUUAUUGUUUUAUGUUGUGACUAUAAGAUGUGAUCUGGCGUGGCGUAAAUAGUAUAUAUUGUAGUCGAGGUGUUUUCCGAAGCAUCAAAUUUUAUAUCAACGAUUUUACAAGCUAUAUAAAUAUCAAUAUUCGCUUUGAAAUGCGGACUGUUGUGACUAGCACAAAACAUGUUUGCAUUUAUAAAACUGCUUUCCAUAUUUACUGUUUGUAAAGCCACGCCUUAUUGCACAAAUUUUAUUCGAAUGCACACUGAAGACACGGGCCUUAGUUGUUUUUUGAAGUUGUGAUAUAUUAUAGCCAAUUGUUUAUGUAUUUACUGUUGCAUUUUAAUUGAUGUGCACUUGUGUGGAAAGUAUAUCAGCCGGGUAUCAGCUAUUUCUGUGUCACGGCUAUGGGUUCUAGUCCCUGAUGAGUAAGUUAUGUAUUAAUAUGUAACAUUGUUGUUUGAUACAAGUGAGAAUCAUUAGUGACUUUACAAACUUACGAGUACAUGGAUUUUAAAUAUUUAUCGAAUAAUAAUUAUUUCAUAAUAAUUGUUUGUUUAACAUUUUUGUUCAUAUGUAAUAUAUAAAUAGUACAAACAUAAUAUUUGCACAAUGAACAAUAUUGAAUGCCAGGUUGGUACUGCUAGAUUAAAUAAAGUAUUAAUAUACAUCGCAUUCCUCUGUAUUGAAUUCCCGUAAUGUUCCUAUGUAGUAGUUGGAAUUCAGAGAAAAUUAUACAUUAUGCUGUGUACUGUCAAUUUAGGUACCCUUUUGAUUUGGAAAUGUAUUUGCAAUAGAGUAGUUUAAUUUAAUUUGUAUUGACACCUCAUAUGAGAAUCGAUAAUUUAAAUGUUCAAUUGUUUGCAUGUGUUCUGGAAAUGGGUUUUUAAACUAAUGCGUUAUAAUGAAGUUUGUACUGUUCCUAGGAAAACUUUAGCAAUAUGGAAUUGUUCGCUAAGCGAUGAUUUGUGAGCUUUGUUCGGGGCUAAACUAACUUCCGUCCAAACUAAUGUUCAUAAGUUCGUGGGGAAGAUAGACAUAGUCGAAUUCUGACAAAGGGGAUGGGAAAGUAUUUUAUAUGUAUGUGUAAUAAAUUAGAAACCCAUUUCUAUAAGUAUGACGUGUUUAGACAGAAGAUCGUUUAAACGCAGUGUUGCUAAAUAUGACGAUUAUAGUCUUUUAUGAUACUUACGUCCAUUUGGAUGAUUGCGUUUGCGCAAGUAUGCUGCGUACAACAUUGAUGUUUAUUCUGAUGACUGCAAGGUAAAUCGAUGUGUAUGUUACUCUUUAUGAAUAUAGUAUUUAAUUACUCUUUUUGACCGCGUAAAUGAGGUAUUUUGGAAAAAAAUGGGGCUUUCAGCGUCCGCUUAUACUGAUGCAAAGCUUUUGUCUCUUUGUAGAAAUCGAGAUAUGGGUGCUUGAGCAGACGAUACAAAAUAUUAGUAUAGCGAUACUAGCGGCCUCCAAAACCUAUCGUUACGGCGUAGUAACUUUUAAUAAUAGCUAUUUUCACUACUUACUUAUAUAAAUUCACUUUAUACUGACGACCAGGUAAUGUCAAGUAACUUUGUCAUGCUCUCUAGUAGCCAAAUUGAGAGAUGCAAAGUUAUUUGACGUGAACUGUACGUUAUGAAAUUGGAUUCGUAAAUUCAUUCAAGUAAAGUCGUUAAUCGUGUUUUCGGUAGGAAUAUUAUUAAUUAUUCCCACCUGAAAUAUUAUCUCACUGAUAUUUGUGAGUUAAAUACUUGAAUUAAAUUGAUCUGUCAAUCACCAACAUUGUUGCUUGAGAUAAUCCUGCUAGAGGUUUCGUAAUUAUGGAGUGAAUUGCUAUAAAUGGUGCUAAAAAAUAGCAGGGCUUUGUCGUUAGUAUUUAGACUUUUCUCAUGCCUACUAGCAAUUUAUUCGGCUUUCAAUGUUAUGCCUAUAAACUUCGAAGUUUCCAUACAAAUCUUAGGAUGUGUAACUGAUGCAUUUUGUAUCACAACUGGUGCAUCAAGUGAUUAUAGUGAGCAUUUAUAAACCUUAGAAUUAACACUUCCAAGUAAUUCCAUUGGUUAUUCUAAAUGUGUUAAUGUGUGUUCAAUUAGAAUGAAAGAUGGUAGCAUGAAAUUAUCUAGUAGGAUAAUCAUGUCUCUAUUCGUCAAGUAGAGAAUCGAACGUGAUAAGAAUGAGUAUAAUAAUACUUGCGAAAAGUCUAUAUUUUUAUAAGAAAUCAUUUUCGCUGCACUUCAAUGGAAAUUGGUCUUGAAUUCGAAAUCAUUCGUUUCCUUCAUACUAUAUCAAUUAAAGGUCAUUUGUCAUUUGAAUUACCACAAAAUGUGUUUGCACAAAUCAAUUUUACAAUCAAUAUACCUAUUGCAGAUAUAAAAUUAUAGGCGUACUUAUAGCUUUCAAUGUGAUAGAUUCAAAAUAAUAAAAAAUCGCUACUUAGAUGAUUGUUGUCAAUUUAGCUACCAAUUAAUAUAUCGAGAUUUAACAGUACAAAGGUUUAAAAAAUAGGUUCACAACAAUGUAACCAAUAAAAUAUUGUAAUUUUAUGCCUCUGACAGUACAUAAUAAUUAAUUUUAAAUUAAAAUAAUUAUGUACCCAAUACGACUUUUCGAUGUAUGUAUGAAUUGCCUAAAAGCUCUAUGUUUUAUUUAUGUACAUGUAAUAAACGUUAAUGAAUAAUA